AGUUGGAUGGAAUCCACCAGCAUGGAAUCUCCGCCCCGCUGGGUCCAGAUCUAUCAGGAGUAUCGCAACAAUGACAUCAUUUCCCUGCACUAUAACUACACAGGAAAGCUCUACAACAGCAAAUACAGGGGAAGACUUCAGAUCCAUGCCAUCUUCUUCCUGGUGGUGUGUGCCUUCAUAGUAGCCGAAAACCUAGUGGUUCUGCUGGCCAUAUGGAGGAACAAGAAAUUCCAUUCCCCCAUGUACUACCUGCUUGGGAAUCUCACCCUGUCGGACUUACUAGCCGGAGUUGCCUACGCUGCCAAUAUCAUCCUCUCGGGGCCCAGCACUCUCCGGUUGACUCCUGUCCAAUGGUUUCUACGUGAGGCAGGGGUCUUUGUCACACUUGCCGCUUCUGUCCUCAGCCUCUUUGCAAUCGCCAUUGAGCGACACAUCACCAUGGUCCACGUGCGGCUCUACCACGGGAACAAGAAAAGACGCAUGCUCCUGCUGAUGGGGGCCACCUGGGUAGCUCCCGUCCUGCUCGGGGCCCUGCCCCUCCUGGGCUGGAACUGCAUCAGUCACCUUCCGGAGUGUUCCACGGUGCUGCCUCUCUAUUCCAAGCACUACAUCCUCUUCUGUAUCACCAUUUUCCUGGUCAUCCUCCUCUCCAUCGUGGUGCUGUACGUCCGGGUCUACUGUAUGGUCAAGUUCAACGGGCAGCGCUUGGGCGGCCUUUACGAGGGCAUGCUCAAGAAAUCCAAGAAGAACAUGUCCUUGUUGAGAACUGUGACCACCGUGGUGGGCACCUUCAUUGCCUGCUGGCUGCCCCUGUUUCUCCUCUUACUGUCGGAUGUUGCGUGCCAGAACCAAGCCUGCGGUAUACUCUACAAGGCGGAUUAUUUCCUGGGCUUGGCGAUGAUUAACUCUCUGCUUAAUCCCGUCAUUUACACCCUGACCAGUAAGGACCUGAGGCGGGCUAUCUUCAGGUUACUGUGCUGCCUCCUGGCCAUUGCGCCCGGUACGGAGGAGAACCGAGCCAAGCGCUUCGGGCUCCCCAUAUUGGAGUGCAGCACCAGCAAGUCAGACCACUCCUCGCACCAGAAGGAGGGGCCAAAUGCCAAUCCGUUGGUCAGGAAUGGCACCCCUCUGGCAAGCAAGGGGUUAGUGUCAAAAGCUGACGCCUGAAUUCUUCUCUUU